UCAGCAGAGCAGGAAAGCAGACCGUUUGCUGGCAGCAGGAAAAUAUGAAGAAGCAAUUUCUUGUCACAAAAAAGCUGCUGCCUACCUGACAGAAGCCAUGAAGCUGACCCAGUCCGAGCAGGCACAGCUAUCACUGGAAUUACAAAGGGAUAGUCACCUGAAACAGUUACUGCUCAUCCAGGAGAGGUGGAAAAGGGCAAAGCGAGAGGAAAAGCUGAAAGCUCAGCAGCAUGGUGACAAGGACGUAGCCGCACACCUCCAGGCUUCCUGUAAGCCACCUGCUGAGGAGUCUGAUGAUCCAAACGUAUUGGUUCCUGUUACUCAGAAAUACAGCCCUUCUGCAGAGAAACAUCUACAGAAUAUUCAGGGUGUCUUUGACAGGGACCCAGAUACACUAUUGUUUCUGCUUCAGAAAAAAAAAGAGCCAUUGGAAGCAUGUAUUGGGAGUAAAGCUCCAAAAGAUGACAAAACAAUAAUAGAAGAGCAGGCAACCAAAAUUGCAGAUUUGAAACGGCAUAUAGAAUUUCUUGUAGCUGAAAAUGAGAGAUUAAGGAGAGAGAAUAAGCAGUUAAAAGCAGAAAGAGCUAGACUCCAAAAAUCUCCAGUAGAGAAGGAGUUGGAUGUAGAUGCCGACUUCGUAGAGAAGUCAGAGUUGUGGGGUCUGCAGCAACAUUCAGAAGCCUCUUCAGCUGCGAGUUGGCAGAAGUUUGGAACAGCUGCUGGGAAGGCAAAGGACAUUCCCAUACCCAACCUUCCUCCCCUGGACAUCCCGUCCCCGGAACUGCCUCUGCUGGAACUUUCUGAAGAUAUACUGAAAGGACUGAUGAAUAGUUAAAAAAAAAAAACAACAGGAAAAGUGCUCAUUGUAGUUAUCCAAACUGAGAAAAGGGAAAACCACCAGGACAAUGAUGAUGUGAGGGCAGAAACAUGCAACACAAUCGUACUGUUGGAGAAAAGGCAUUAAAGCAACUUUGUUACUGUGAAAUACACAUCAUAUCUGAUCUACUUCAUGAAAUUUAAAGGUACCAUAAUUGGUAUAAGAUGAUGAGCUCUUUAGUCUUUCUCCUAAUGUUUCAAACCAAAUGACUGCCUGGAGAAUGUUUCCAAUAACACAAUCCUUCAGGGUUUUAAAGUAUGCUAUAUGUAAUAGUUAUCUAUAAUGCCAUAAAUGAUGGUGCAGAACUUAACUGUUAUGGUUGCCAGUUGGCUGCCACUUCAUAUUGAAAAAUGCUUUCUAGCAUGAAUUUAAACUGUGCAUUUCAUUAUGCAUAACUGUUAAUUCAGAUACGGUGCAAUUUAUACAGCUCCUAGAUUGAUUAAUGUGCCACACACUACUCUCCUGAGUAGGCUAACCUUAAGUCAGGAGAGAGAAAUGUUUCCAUUCUGUGAAGGAACCAACUUACUCAUUCUGUUGAGGUUUCAUUUGGGUUCUCUGUUUACAUAAUAAUCGGGGAUGAAU